AGUGAAGAGUGCAAACUGUGCACGUUCAGGGCCUGCACGCAGUGCGUCCCGGCAGACAACCCAAGCCUCAAGGUCACCCUGGCCUGGGCCUGGGCCUUAAAGCACUGUUGACAACAGUCAGAACUGCGGCUGCACGGCUCGUUGAGUUGACCAAGAAACUGACCACGACGACCAAAGAGACUUACCUAGCUAGCUUGCUGCAUGCUAGUUCAGACAAUUCAAACAAGAGUACGGGGAAGAGCCCAAUGCCUUCAUGGUCUGAUGUCAUCACUUUAUUGCCAGUGGCCAAGUGGGCGCUGGAAACGUGGGAGCCAUCAAGCGACACAAACUGAAAGCUACCCGCACGGUUCUGAGCGCAGAAUGUGGUCAGCAAUGCCGGUGGGAUUCGAUUGACAAUGUGAUGCAAGACAGCUGUGAAGUACUUGCAUUGGCUGCAUUGCUCAUGAUGUUGCAGUCCAAUCGACGUCCUGCAUAAUCCUGCAUCGUCCUGCAUAGCAACAGAUUAGGUGGCUCCACACAAUACUAAGUCAAUAGGCUGAUCAAUCAGAAUGUGCAGCGAAGCCCACAAGAUCUGAUUAACAGACUCCCAGAGGUGGUUCUUACGCAGCAGAGGUCGGAGCACUGCCGUGCAACCCGCUGGAAAACUAUAGCAUCCGAAGAUCAGAAACACUGGGAUUGGAGUCUGCCCGAAUUCUGGUAGUGCGCACGGCAAUGCUGACACCUUAGCUUGUGUAUUUUGCAAUGGCAGCACCGGCAACGAGAAUGACGAGGAAACCGGACCUCCGGAUCGAUCCAGAAGCAGACGCCGCUGCAGGUGCAAAUGAAGCGAUCGCAAGUAGCAGCCCGCGGACGGGGGCAAAGUCCGAAGCCCGUCCGAAAACGCCUCAGGCGGGGCCGACCGUCCGAAUCCAGAAGCACAGCAUGGCGCUUCUGAGAAAAGCGUUCAACACGUACGACGAGGAGCAUUCCGGAAGCGUCCCGGUGUCUGCAGUUGGUGUUGCGUUGUGGUCGUGCGGGAUUGCGGUCCCUGCCGGAGAGGAAAUCAAUGACGUGCUCAGUAGCAUCGUGCCAGACUUUGACCCCGAGAGCAAGGUCACCUUCGAUCACUUUCUCCAAGUCGCCCGCGAUCUCGAGCACCGCAACUACGCCUCGUCCCCGCGCCCGGUCGAUUACUCGCGAGGGGGAUCCCCCGAGCCCUCGCCUCGCAGCCCAAAGUCUCCGGGGAAAGCGCCCGGUAGACGGAAGAGCCUGAGCCGGAGGGCGGUCAUGAGUGACACGUGGGAGGCCGGGGCGGACGACGAGCAGCUGCUGGCGACGCUUCGACAGCUGGAGGAGCAGCGCAAGAUGUACGAGGACGAGGGUAACUACCAGGAGGCGAGCCGAAUCGCCAAGCGCAUUCAGGAGCUCAAAGUCGGCGAAGAGUCGAAACGGAUGGCAGCAAUGGACGAGCGCCAGACGCAGGAGCUGGGCGACGCUGAGGCGGCCUACCGGGCGGAAGUCGAGGAGACCAACGCGUUGUGGGACGACAAGAUGGCGCAGUUCCAGGAGUCGGUGACGGAGCAGGCACCUCGCCUUUCCUAA